AUGGAUUCUAUCAAGCACUGCGCACUCGAGAAGGUGGCUUCCAGCCGUGUUGCUGCUCUCGUCUCUGUUGUCCUUGCAUGUCUUGUAAUCCGUUCUCUGUACCGUGCUUUCGUCACCCCUCUACGAGGUAUCCCAGGGCCGUUCGCUGCGAAGUUCUCCCGCAUCUGGAAGCUGGUGGAGGUUCUCAAGGGCCACUUUGAAAAGACAGAUAUUGCCCUCCAUCGAAAAUAUGGCCCCAUCGUCCGCAUCGCGCCCAAUGAAUACAGCAUCGACGACCCGGCCGCCCUCAGAGUCAUCUAUGGCCACGGAAACCAGUUCGUGAAAUCGCCAUGGUAUUAUGCCUCUGGACCCCCCGACCCCGCACAAGCCGACCUCUUCUCACAACGCUCGCCCAAAGCCCAUGCCGAAAGCAGGCGCAAAGUCGCAUCGGCCUACUCGAUGACGUCGCUGCUGCAGUACGAGCCCUUCGUGGACGACUGCUCCGCCACCUUGCACCGCCGCUUCAGCGAAUUCGCAGCCACGGGCGAGGUGAUCGACGUGCCGCUCUGGAUGCAAUGCUACGCCUUCGACGUGAUCACGGAAAUCACGGUGGGCAAGGCGCUUGGAUUCAUGGAGAAGGGCGAGGACGUCGGCGGCUUCAUGGCCAGCAUCGACAAAUACCUCUGGUAUGCCGCCAACGUCGGUGUCUACAGCGAGUUGCACCCGUACAUCCAAAAGGCGAUGUUGUUGUGGUCGACGGGCGGCCGCAAGGCCAAGGGCCGCCAGAACCUGGCCUACCUUGCCGAGUUCACGCAGAAGCAACUCGAGGAGCGCAUCCUGCAGGAGAAGAAACUCGAUGGCGACCGUGUCGAUUUCAUGACGCGGCUGUUGCGGCUGCACGAGGAGAAUCCGGAUAAGAUGCCUCUGGCCUCGUUGUUUGGCAGCUGCAUGACGAACAUUGGCGCGGGCAGCGAUACGACAGCGAUUAGUCUAAGCAGCGUCGUGUAUCAUUUGCUCAAGUACCCCCAUGCGAUGAAGAGGCUACGGGAUGAGAUCGACAGCAUGGCGAAGAGGGGCGAGAUCAGCGAUCCAGUAACGUUUGCCGAGGCGCAGCGGAUGCCGUAUCUGCAGGCGGUGCUGAAGGAGGCCCUGCGGUGUCAUCCGGCGACGGGCUUGCCGUUGGGGAGAGUGGUUCCGAAGGGUGGGGCGAGUCUUUGCGGGAGGUACUUCCCGGAAGGGACAAUUGUGGGGGUCAACUCAUGGGUCGCCCAUGCCAAUACCUCCGUCUUUGGGGAGGAUGCGGAUAAGUUCCGGCCGGAGCGGUGGUUGGAGAGUGAGGAGAAGUCGGCAAAUAUGGAGAGGUAUUUCAUGGCUUUUGGCAUGGGCUCCCGCACGUGUAUUGGAAAGAAUAUAUCAUUGAUGGAAAUGAACAAGUUCAUCCCGCAGCUACUGCGGAAUUUCGAUUUCGAGCUCGAGCGGCCGAAUAAGGAGUGGGAGACUCAUAACACUUGGUUUGUCAAGCAGAAAGGGUUUAGGGCCAAGGUUGUGAGGAGGAAGGUCUGA